AUGUCCGGAAUGGAUAUGCACAAUGAAGAUGGGCGAAGAGGUACGCCACCCGCGUCUUCUUAUGCCGGUAGCCAAUUCAACAUGAGCACUCCACACUCCAGUGCCAUUUCGCCUACCGGAAGUCCUACCCCGAAGAGUGUCGCAUUCGAACUCCUCUUUACACAAUCCCCCCAACAUCGCGCGCGACUACCGAUGCGUGUUCAAAUCUUCCCUCACGAUACUACAGAUUCAAUUAUCGCUACUGUCAAGAACUUUUACGGUCUAUAUGCAGAUGGCGGUGGUGCGAAAGGUGUAAGCUUCGAGGACGAACAAGGGAACACCCUCAUCGCACGAUAUGAGAACUUCAGGAACAACAUGGUCGUCUAUGUCAGAGUGAUUCAAGAAGAACCUUCUGAUGCAUAUGGCCAACAAUCAUACAGCGCUGGUUCCCCACGCUUACAGCAAGCCUACUAUUCGAGCGACGCUCAGAACUUACCACCCCACCAAGCUCUCAAUUAUGGCCAACCUGUCUCCAGGCCGACUUCGAGGACAUCGCGAAAGCGUAGCACUUCUCCUGGCCAUGGACGUGGCCGCCGCAGUGCCUCUGCCAGUAUCAAUCCACCUCUUCCGACCAAAAAGAGUAGAUCUCGAUCGGGUUUCAAAAGCCGUGGGUCCAGCACUCACGGUAGCUUCCAAGAGCUUCAUAGCGAUGGAUUGAACGGAUACAGCAGUGGUGAUGGAGGUGCUGGAUCCGUCACUAGCAAGGCUAAGAGUGAGCACCUUGGCAACACCGAGAUCAGUCUCGAUAAUAUCGUGGAAGGAGGUCGACGAAAGAGAGCCAAAUUUGAGAGUUCGGAACUCCCUUUGUUUGCGCCACCGCAAAUGCCUGCUGCUACUUCUAAUUCUUCCGUUUCUCCAGCACGUCGCAUGGAACAUCAACGAUCGAGUUUUCCUUACACCGGAUUUUCCCAAAAUCCUUUCUCUAAUCCACCUAAUCUACAAUCUCCACAAAGCUAUGGCAAUGGCUUCGGGGAACCUAACAUGUAUUCUACUCCGGCAGCGCAGGGUCGUCGGACGCGCGGAUCGGAUCCCGUUGGACGUCAAUCUAUUAGCACCCCUGGGAACAGCUCUGGCAUACUACCUACUCCAGAUCCCACCGUCGGGAGUUGCAUGUCAGAGGAGGAUAAGGAUGUUGCUCUGCAAUUGAUGAGACUUGGUGACAUGUCAAACAUUUCUCAUGGUCGCACAUCUGCAUCCACUCUUGAUGAUACGUUCAGUGGCCGUGCUGAUGCCGCUUCUUCCACCGGCGCUACUAGUGACGGCGAGAGUGAGAGUGGAAAUGAACUCCCACCUGCUCGUCGCAUCAAGCGUGAGCCAAGUCCAAUCCUGCCACCAGGACUUUGGAAAAAGACCCUUUCACAUCUGGAUGACAACCUGCCGACAGAUAGUACCGAGCCAAGCAGCGAUGAGCGUGACUAUGAGGAUGGUCAGGAUGGAACUUUCAAGCCAGGGCAAGCGGAUGACGUUGCUGAUAACGAAUUAGCAAAGCCCAAAGUUGUUAAAGCUAAGGCCGCUAGAAAGCCUCUACCUUCCUCGUCUAUCAAAAGCAAAGUGAGCAGAAUUAGCAAACCAAACAGACCAGGGCCUCUUGUUAAAUCCAAGAAAGCCAAUAGUGUCUCUGCCUCUAGCAAAGGUCCAAUCUCACCGACUUCUUUACCAUCGCAAUCCCGAAAAACCUCCGUGGCAUCUACGGCAACUCAUCAACACCACCUGGGCGAUGACGAAGAGGAUCUUUCAUCCAAACCACGUUGUCAACGCUGCAGAAAGAGCAAAAAGGGUUGCGAUCGUCAACGACCUUGUGGUCGUUGUCAGGAUGCAGGACUUAGCAUUGAUCAGUGUGUCAGUGAAGACGAAGGGAACGGUCGUAAAGGUCGUUAUGGGCGCCAUAUGGGAGUACCUGUGAAGAAAGAUGAGCUUCCUCAGGUUCCAAUCUUUCCAUCAGCGCUUUCUGCGAGUGGUGCAAGCAACCUCGAAAAGAGCAAGAAGAGAAAGAGAUGA